GGAAGAUUCCAAACUUCAGGUGUCAGAUGCCUCUAAAAUCAAUGCUCCUCUUUGUACUAAGGUUUCUCCACCCCUUUAUUACCCGCAAAACUCUCAAAGCUCUCCGCAACUUCGUCAACUCAAUCCUCAGAAACGUCAAAACACUCCUCAAGAAGAUGUCCGUCGACCAAUCCGAGGAUCAGAAACUCGACCCAACACCACCACCCUUUGAUCCAUCGAAGCCGUCCAUUCCCAUUUCUUACCCGAUCAAGACCCUCGAAGACCUUGACUCUGGCUCUUACUUCACUUCUUUUCACUACCCUUUUAACAAAUCCAGUGUUCCUCCCCCACCCAAUUCAGGUUUGGCUCAAAGGCCCAGGAUUUUGGUCUGCCAUGACAUGCAAGGUGGUUACCAGGAUGAUAAGUGGGUCCAGGGUGGCGAUAAUGCCGGUGCUUAUGCCAUCUGGCACUGGUAUUUGAUCGAUGUUUUUGUUUAUUUUUCUCAUUACUUGGUCACCUUGCCUCCUCCUUGUUGGACCAAUACUGCUCAUAGGCAUGGAGUUAAGGUAUUAGGGACAUUCAUCACAGAAUCAGCUGAAGGGAAAGCUAUUUGCCAGAAACUGCUCUCGACGAAGGAGUCUGCUCAGAAGUAUGCCGAGCGUUUGGCAAAGCUCGCUGUUGCUUUGGGCUUUGAUGGAUGGCUGCUCAAUAUGGAGGUUGAACUGGAAGUCGGGCAAAUCCCUAAUCUGAAAGAAUUUGUUAGUCAUUUAACUCAGACUAUGCACUCCUCACUUCGUGGAUCUUUGGUUAUAUGGUAUGAUAGUGUUACAGUUGAUGGAGAUCUUAGCUGGCAAAAUCAACUGAAUGAAAAGAAUAAACCUUUCUUUGAUAUUUGUGAUGGAAUCUUUGUGAACUAUACAUGGAUGGAGGACUAUCCAAAGCUUUCAGCAACAGCCGCUGGUGACAGAAAGUUUGAUGUCUACAUGGGGAUAGAUGUAUUUGGAAGGGGCACGUAUGGUGGUGGGCAAUGGACUACAAAUGCUGCACUUGAUGUGAUAAAGAAGGAUGAUGUCUCAGCUGCCAUAUUUGCUCCUGGAUGGGUUUAUGAAACAAAACAAGCCCCUGAUUUUCAGACUGCUCAAAAUCGUUGGUGGGAUCUUGUCGAGAAAUCUUGGGGAAUUGUGCAACAUUAUCCUAAAGAAUUACCAUUUUUUUCAAAUUUUGAUCAGGGCCAUGGCUAUCAUGUUUCAAUCGAGGGGGCACAAGUAUUAAGCAGUCAAUGGAAUAAUAUUUCUUCACAAACCUUUCAGCCUUUCCUUGAGUAUGCUGAUGAUCCUACUUCGAACGCUAUUGAAGUCCAUGUUGAUUUUAAGGAAGCAUCGUUCAGCGGAGGAGGAAACCUCACAUUUAAAGGAACUCUUGGAGCCAAAGCCUCCGUCUCAUCAAGACUCUUUGUAGGAGAGCUUCUUAUGGGUGACUUGCCUGUCCACUUCACAUAUUCUGUAAAAUCAGAAGGUAACUCUCAGUUGGGCCUUUCUCUUGAAUUCUUUUCUGAAAUGAAAGGAAAAAAGAAGUUGCUUCUUGCGUCUGGGGGAACGAACCAAUUUUCAAGCAAAUUCAGUGAAGUGAUUGUGCCACAUCAACUGAGAAAACCAGACAUGGCUUCAGGAUGGGUUAUACAAGAGAGUAGCAUUGCAAUGAAUGGAUACACAUUAACAGAAAUUCAUGCAGUAUGCUACAGGAAACAGCCUGAAAGAUCAGAAUCUACAUCUAAUACCCAGGAUCCAGCAGAAUAUUUUGCCGUGCUUGGACAUAUUAGAAUUUCAACUUCUAACCAGAGUACAAAAUUUCCCCCAUCUACUUUCUGGAUUGUUGAGGGUCAAGAUGUUGAAUGGGGAGGUUCUCAAGGUUCCAAAACCCUUAGUCUUAGGAUCAGCUGGAAAUUGAAAGAUGGACAGAAUUCUCUUUUCCCUAGGUACAAUAUCUAUGUUGAGAAACUAACAAAACAAUCAGUCCGAACUCUGGGAGAAAAACUAGGAGGCGUACAGGAGUAUGUAGGAGUAGCACAAGUAGAAGCCUUCUACGUAUCUGACCUCGUCAUCCCUUCCGGGACUUCUGGCCUCAAAUUUAUUAUUCAAGUAUGUGGUGCUGAUGGUGCUACCCAAAAGCUUGAUGAGGCCCCAUAUUUUCAACUCAAUGUGGAAGGUCGGUGAACAUAUAUCACUUUUCCUUUAUUUUCCCUUUGAAAUUGGUCCUUGGCAAGAACAACAUUGCUAGCUUGUAAACGAAAGCCAUUGUAUCCUGACAAUAAACUGGAAAUAAACUCUCUAAUAAAUUUGAACCUUCA